AUGUCUAAUUAUCAAGAAAUUGUGAACUUAAACGUUGGAGGCACAAGAUUCUCAACAUCAUGGCACACCCUGACCUGGGUUCCGGAGACAUUCUUCACUGCCCUCCUCAGCGGCAGGAUCCCCACAGUGCGGGAUGAGACGGGAGCAAUAUUCAUAGACAGAGACCCCAACCUCUUUGGUCUCAUACUAAAUUUUUUAAGAACAAGAGACAUAGAUCUCAACGAUGUAAAUAUAAGGGCACUGAGACAUGAAUGUGACUAUUUUGGCAUCACUCCUUUGAGCAGAAGACUGGCUUUGUGCGAUGAGAUGAACCACUCAACUUGUGGAGAUGUACUCUUCUAUGGAUACCUGCCACCACCACUUAACACAGCUCUGCCGAAUGGCAACGGUGGACGAAACGGCAACAGUUGCUCACGGAAGAACUCGACAGCUUCAAGCACUGAGGUUGCAGUGAAUAGGACACACUCCAGAAACUCUUCGCUCGAUCUCCGUACCGUUGGCAGGAUACCCUCGCAAGAUCAAUUAAGUCGUUGUGGCAGAGGACAUUCAAGAGCAGCUUCACUCGGUAACGCGGACAGCCACAAGGGACAUCGACCGCCAGACAUGAGUUCCUGGGCAGACAGUAUGAAGGUACAAAUCAUCAAAGCACAUCACAACUGGGUUGCCGUUGCAUACACACACUUUGUGACUGGUUAUAGAUUAACAGACUCGUGUGGUUGGUACGUAGUCUUCCAAUCACCGGUCCAAGAUUCUGUGAUAGAACGAAUAGCGUUGAAUGCAAAAACCGGUGGCGGCGGGGGCACCUCUAGCGGGAACAACUCUACCGGAACUGACGUCAUGCUGGGCAUAGCUAGUGGGGCGCAUGUCCGACUGUGGGCAUUCUCCACACACAGUGAACCUGUUAGACGUACUUUGGUUGGUACUUUCAACCUAGGCGUUAGAGUAGAGCACCUGCUGUUCGUGGGCCCGCAGCUGGUGGCGCUGAGCGGCGCCGGCAGCCGCAGCAAGGCGGGCGUGUGGCACACCAGCACGCAGCACUGGCAGACGCAGGACGUCGCGCACCUCACCACCUACGACACCGCCGGCUCCUUCCUACUGCUCGGCACUGCCACUGGAGCUAUUAAUUAUAUUGACAUGCAAAAGUUCCCGCUACGUAUGAAAGACAACGAUCUCUUAGUGACGCAGCUCUAUAAAGAUCCAAAUCAAGAACCAAUCACAGCUAUAUCAGUUUAUCUCACACCUAAAACAAAUCUAUGUGGCAACUGGAUAGAGAUAGCUUACGGCACGCGUUGUGGCUCGGUGCGCGUCAUAGUACAACAUCCUGAGACGGUUGGCCAUGGACCGCAGCUGUUCCAGACCUUUACCGUGCACCAGAGUCCUAUCACUAAGGUAUCUCUAUCCGAGAACUACCUAGUAUCAGUAUGCAGCGAGUACAACCACGUGCGAACAUGGCGAGUCACUCGCUUCAGGGGGAUGAUCUCAACCCAACCGGGAACUACGCCCAAAGCUGCCUUCAAAGUACUGGCUCUGGAAGCUCCUACUGCACAGCCUCAUAAUGAUUGUGGCCCGUACGGUGAACAGGACGAAGAACAAAUAUUUAUUCAAAAGGUUGUUCCUGACACAGACACGUUAUACGUUCGACUAGCUUCGAAUGGUAAAAGGGUGUGUACAAUACGUUCAGUGGACGGGUCAGCGGUAUCUUGCUUCGUAGUAGCGGAGUGCGAGGGAGCGUUGAGGCCUCGUAGACUGUUGCUAUGUGGACAUAGGUCGGGGGCCACUCAGAUGUGGGACCUCACGGCACCCAUAGACAAGGCUGUUAAGCUGCAACCCGUGCCUGGGAGUGGAGCAACCGAUAACGAGGAAUCUCAAGCGCCUGACGGGGGUCCGACUCCAGACGAGUUAGUCCGUUUGUUGUCGGCAUGUGACUUGGACGCGACGCCAGUCCCAGUAGUCCCCCAGUCCCCCAACCGACCUAUACAGGCGCCAUGA